AUGAAAUUCUCCAGCAUUUUAUCCACUAUUGCCCUAUUCUCUGCUUCCACUUUAGCAACUGACAUCGAAACUGAAGAUGCCACUAUGCCACAAGUUCCAGCUGAAGCUGUCAUUGGCUACUUAGAUUUCGAUGGUGACAAUGACAUUGCUAUGUUACCAUUUGCCAAUGCUACUUCCUCAGGUUUACUCUUCGUCAACACUACCCUUGUCGAACAAGCUAAUAAUGAAGAAGGCUCCAUUUCUUUAGCUAAGAGAGAAGCCGAAGCUGCUGCUAACUGGCAUUGGUUGAGAUUGGACCCUGGCCAACCAUUAUACAAAAGAGAAGCUGAAGCUGAUGCAGAAGCCAACUGGCACUGGUUGAGAUUGGACCCAGGUCAACCAUUAUACAAGAGAGAAGCUGAUGCCAACUGGCACUGGUUGAGAUUGGACCCAGGUCAACCAUUAUAUUAA